GCUAACCUGACUGUAUGAGAGAAAAUCCAAAAUCCAACAUAUUCAAUGUAUGAUGAAGAGUAGGAAGAUUCUAUCCUGAGGCUUGGUUAAAAAAUCAAGAGUACAUUAAAUACAAGCUGUAUAUUGGGGUGAAUGAUGCUGAUUUUAAAUUCUUAGAGUAAUUAUUUUUAUGUUUGUGUUUGUCAUUAUGUUUUUUCCAGGGUCGUCAACCCAGAUUUCCAAACCAAUUGUUUUCAAACCAGAAGGGAAUCAAGAACCUCAACUUUUUCUAGAGAAAAAAAAUGAUCUUAACCCACCCAAUAAGCAAGGAGGUAGUUAUGAGCAAGGAAAACCAGGCACACUUAAUCUGCAAGGACAACCAGGAUAUUCUAACCAGCCAGGAAAACCAGGGUAUUUUAAUCAGCAUGAAAGGCCAGAAGUUUUGAACCAGCCUGGCACGUCAGAAACUUGGAUUUUGAAAGGAAAUUCAGGAGAAUAUAAUCAAAAAGGAAACACAGAAGCUUCUAACAAGCAAGGAAAUUCUGGAUCUUUUCAUCAAGUAGGGAAGCCGGGGUCAUCCUCUCAGCCAGGGAAGCCGGGGUCGUCCUCUCAGCCAGGGAAGCCGGGGUCGUCCUCUCAGCCAGGGAAGCCGGGGUCGUCCUCUCAGCAAGGCAAGCCGGGGUCAUCCUCUCAGCAUAGGCAAUCACGGUCUUUUUACAAUCAAGAAGAAAGCAAAAAUGCAGAAGGUCCUUUGAAUGGCAAUAUAAAGAAGACCCAGGCUGGUAGUACCAUCAGCAAGAUUCCGGUUAGAAAUGCAAAGUGUCCAUCUGUCUUCAAACCAGUCUGUGGUUCUGAUGGGAAAACCUAUGGUAACCGCUGUGUAUUUAACGAGGCAAAGAGGUUGAGUAAAGGAAAACUGAAUCUGAACCACGAGGGAAAGUGCUAA